AUAUUAGUCAUUCCAUCAAACUCCUAGCGAUAGAUUAAAACUUUAGGUGAAAUUUGUAAAAAAUAGCCUAAAAAUUGUAUUUGUAGCCGAUAACAGUGAUCGCCGGGAGCAAGGACAGUUCGUGACGUGAAAAAAUCAGUGAUUUUCGGCCACCAAAGUGUUUUUAUAGUGAAGAGUUUUCUCUCGGGUACGAAAAGCUUAGCGAGCGAAAAAGAUAGAGAAGCAAUGGAUAGCAAAGGCAGAAAUGUAAUUGUUUGCGAUAAUGGAACCGGGUUUGUCAAAUGUGGGUACGCGGGCAGCAACUUCCCAGCGCAUAUUUUCCCAUCGAUGGUCGGCAGACCCAUCAUCCGUGCGGUGAACAAAAUCGGUGACAUCGAAGUGAAGGAUUUACAUGUUGAUGAUCUUAUGGUAGGCGAUGAAGCUUCGCAGUUACGGUCUCUACUAGAAGUAUCGUAUCCAAUGGAGAAUGGAGUUGUCCGCAAUUGGGAGGACAUGUGCCACGUGUGGGACUACACGUUCGGACCAAAGAAGAUGAACAUAGAUCCGACUAAUACGAAAAUCUUGCUCACCGAACCACCGAUGAACCCCACUAAGAAUCGGGAAAAGAUGAUCGAAGUGAUGUUCGAAAAGUAUGGCUUCGAUUCGACGUACAUUGCCAUUCAAGCCGUGCUGACCUUGUACGCCCAGGGUCUGAUCAGUGGCGUGGUGAUCGACUCGGGUGAUGGUGUUACGCAUAUUUGUCCAGUUUACGAAGAAUUUGCACUGCCUCAUCUUACGCGACGACUGGACAUUGCAGGUCGAGAUAUCACGCGGUAUCUCAUCAAACUGUUGCUGCUGCGUGGAUAUGCGUUCAACCAUUCCGCCGAUUUUGAAACUGUUCGCAUGAUGAAGGAGAAACUAUGCUAUAUCGGAUAUGAUAUAGAAAUGGAACAACGGUUGGCAUUGGAAACGACCGUUCUUGUAGAAUCGUACACGCUACCAGAUGGUCGUGUCAUUAAGGUGGGCGGCGAACGAUUCGAGGCACCAGAAGCUCUCUUCCAGCCUCAUCUGAUCAAUGUAGAAGGCCAAGGCAUUGCCGAGCUAGUAUUCUCCACAAUCCAGGCAGCGGACAUCGACAUGCGUUCGGAGUUGUACAAACACAUUGUCCUGUCCGGCGGUUCUACCAUGUAUCCUGGACUUCCUAGUCGCUUGGAGCGUGAAAUCAAACAGCUCUACCUGGAGCGCGUGCUCAAAAAUGACAGCGAAAAACUAUCCAAAUUCAAGAUUCGUAUUGAAGAUCCUCCAAGGCGAAAAGAUAUGGUCUUCAUCGGUGGCGCCGUGCUAGCCGAAGUAACAAAAGAUCGAGACGCAUUCUGGAUGUCCAAAGCCGAGUAUCAAGAACAAGGAUUGAACGUACUAAAGAAGCUCAGUGCGCGGACGAGUAAUUAGGCCAAAAAAAACCAUAUGUUAAAAUGCUUCAUUUUACUCUCUCACUCGACUGCUAUUACAAGCCAGUUGGCUUUGUUUUACCUAAUGAAAUCGUAACACUCUAUAGCUAAUUGCAUUUCCUGCUCAGAAGAUUAACGCAUAAUUUGAACGGGCAGUUUUCAAUAGUAUCGAAAAUGUAUAAAUGCAUUUUAUCAAAAUUAAAUACCGGAGCUCGAGGAGCGAAAUGAAUGCAUUAUAAAGUGUUUAAAACAAACAAAAACUAACAUGGCGAACUCUUCUUGUUGUGUACGUUGCGUUUGAGCGUUUAAUUAAAUGUAGGCUUAGAUUUAGUCAAAGGCUGCAAAUUCAGUGUAAACAUCAGCACAGUUUUUAUUAUAAAUUGUAAAUCAUUUUACUAUCGUUUAUAUGGUUUCCAUUAAAGUUAGAUUUUUAUAAUGUAUUUCCGAAGAUAAUUGCAUAUAAAAUUAUUUUUUCGCUAUA